CCUGUCACCCCAUAUAGCACUUCACUAGAAGGAAGGAAGAAGAGACUCAAGAACAUCUUACUCAUCAUCUUCCAUCCAAAAAUGGAACAUCAAUUUCCCUCUCUCCCACCCGUCAACUACCCUCUUCACGAUCCCUCCUCCUCCUCCUCCGAUUUUCUAAUGCAGUUUUCCGAUUCCGAUUUUCAGUUCACUGACUAUGUUUUCCCCGAUUAUACCUGGACCAAUGUCUCAUCCUCCAUUAUUAAAACCGAUAACUCCACCACUACAUCGCCACCGCCGGAUAUUAAUAUUAUCUCUUCCCCUAUUCCAGGGUCAAUUUCCAGCAGAAACCCUAGAGAUGCAGCAGCAGCAGCAGCGGGCAAGAAUAAUCGUGCGGCGAAUUCUAGAAUUGCGUUUAAAACAAAGUCGGAGAUGGAGAUUAUUGAUGAUGGAUUUAGGUGGAGGAAGUAUGGUAAGAAGAUUGUCAAAAGCAGCCCCAAUCCAAGGAAUUACUAUAAAUGCACAAAUGGAGGGUGCAAUGUGAAGAAGAGGGUGGAACGAGACGGAGAUGAUCCAAACUAUGUCAUAACAACAUACGAUGGAGUUCACAAUCACCAUACACCUUCUACUGUCUCCUCUUCUCUCCGUCUUGUCGAAACAUGCACCAUUUCUGAUUAAACCACUUAGAAAGUCGACAUAUCAUGAGUAAGACAAAUACUCGCUUGUAAUACACAUAGAAUAUUAUUUGGUUUGGUUUGGAAUUGACCUCUAGCUACUAGCUUAAUAUGUAUUUGAAAAUUUUAUAUUAAUCAAAAUUUAUUUCUUUUGUGUUUUAAGGGACAUAUAU